AUGUCUAAACACAACUUCGCCCCUCUCAAAAAUGACCUCCUCCUCCGCACCGCCCGCGGCGAAAAAGUGUCUCGUCCGCCAAUCUGGGUGAUGCGACAGGCUGGACGCUACCUCCCCGAGUACCACAAAGCCAAGGGCGAUCGCGAUUUCUUCGAAUGCUGUCGAGACCCCGAAAUCGCCUCGACGCUUACCCUCCAACCCAUCGAGCGAUAUGCAGGGCUCAUCGAUGCCGCCAUCAUCUUCUCCGACAUUCUCGUCAUACCGCAGGCGAUGGGCAUGGAGGUUAUCAUGCACCCGGGAACGGGCCCGUUGUUUCCCGACCCUCUCAUCGAACCAGAGGACAAGCAGUACCAAGAAAUCAUGGAGCGAGAGGUUGAUGUGCAGAAAGAGUUGGGAUACGUCUUCGAUGCGCUUACCCUGACUCGGCAAAAACUCGACGGCCGAGUACCUUUGUUCGGCUUCUGUGGCGCGCCCUUCACGUUGUUGUGUUAUAUGGUGGAAGGAGGCGGGAGCAAGUUGUUCAAGCAGAUUAAGACGUGGCUCUACAAGUACCCGGAACAGAGCAAGAAGCUGUUGCAGAAAAUUGCGGAGCUGUGCACCGAGUAUCUCGCUCUGCAAGUCCAGGCUGGAGCGCAAAUCGUGCAGGUCUUCGACUCUUGGGCGGGCGAGCUGUCUCCUUCGGUUUUCCGAGAGUUUGCAUUCCCGUAUCUGAAGUACAUCUGCGACCAUCUUCCCGGCAGACUAGCCAAGCUGGGCGAGGAGAAAGUGCCCAUGGUGGUGUUCGCAAAGGGUGCCUGGUAUGCUCUGGAGGACUUGUGCAAGACCAAUUACGACAUCGUGGGACUUGACUGGCUGCACGCACCGAAGCAAGCGUACGCUAUCGCUCAGAAAUACGGCAAGGUUGUCCAAGGGAACGCCGAUCCAGGAGUGCUGUAUGGUGGGCACGAAGCAAUCACCAGAGUUGUUGGGGAGAUGGUUGACGGCUUCGGAGGUGGAAAGCAGGGUUGGAUCGCCAACCUCGGUCAUGGAGUUACACCGAAGGUGGACCCAGAUGACCUAAAGUUCUUCUUUGAAGAGAUACACAGACUCUCAGGUACUUCUAGCUGA